AGUUGUUACGCAAGGUAGGUAGGUACCUACCCAGCCAGCACUGACGCGUGAGACCAGCUGCCUGCCUUGACUUGGUACCAACGUUAGAUACCAGCAUCAGCCAUCUCAGCAACCUACGAUCGUUUUCACCACCAAGUGGCAGAAAUCGAACAGAAUCCCGAUACUUCCUCGUACCUAACCUUGAGGAUAUUCAAACAGCCAAUACUGUGUCUCUUUCUACCCUUCGUUUCUCCCACUUCCGUUCGGUUCUGUUCGUUCGACAUGGAUAGUCUCGUUGCCAAAUACAGCCGUCCCGCGGCUUUCCAGAACGAAACUCUUGGAGAGGACCAACAUGACGACUUCCAAAAUGACAUGAGCUCGAGCUUGUCCCUGAAGUUUGCUAUGCCCCCAGUCUCACAGCCCUCUGCCUGGCUCCGAGCUGCCACGGACGACCGGUCGAACCCCAACUGCCCAAUCAAGAUCGCCCACGGUACUACAACACUAGCAUUCCGGUUCCAAGGAGGCAUUAUCGUGGCAACGGACUCGCGUGCAACGGCGGGCAACUGGAUUGCCUCACAGACGGUGAAGAAGGUGAUCGAGAUCAACAGCUGUCUGCUGGGCACCAUGGCCGGCGGUGCCGCCGACUGCCAGUACUGGCUGGGAUGGCUGGGGAUGCAGUGUCGCCUACACGAGCUACGACACAAGCGACGCAUCAGCGUAGCCGCGGCUUCUAAGAUACUGGCCAACCUCGUCUACAACUACAAAGGAAUGGGGCUGUCUAUGGGGACCAUGUGCGCCGGCGUGACGCCUGAGGAGGGCCCCGCGCUCUACUACAUCGACUCGGACGGCACUCGGCUUGCGGGCAACCUGUUUUGCGUCGGAUCCGGUCAGACCUUUGCCUACGGUGUCCUCGACGCCGAGUACCGGUACGAUCUGUCUGAUGAGGACGCUCUAGAGCUCGGGCGCCGGUCCAUCCUCGCCGCUACUCACCGCGAUGCUUUCUCCGGUGGUUUCAUCAACUUGUACCAUGUGAAGGAGGAAGGUUGGGUCAAGCACGGCUUCAACGACACAAACCCUAUCUUCUGGAAGACGAAGCUCGAGAAGGGCGAGUUCACAAAUGUUACUAGCGAGCUAGAUUAGAGUCUAGGUUUCUCCGUUAUGUUAAGGCCGGCAACUACCGUAUAAUAUGAAGCUCAACCAAAUCACAGGGUCAUAGGACCAUUCCAACUUUUAGAUGUGAGCCUUAGACGACAGGUCCCAGAGGUAGACGGAUGCUACAGCCUGGCCGGGGUGAUGAACCGGCAUGGUGAACUGUAUGUUUAACGAAUUGC